CGCCCGCCUCGCCGCCAGAGCUCCUUCUGCCUUUUCGUCAUCCGGGAUCCACCGCCAUAUUUCUAUUUUUGCAUCAGUGUCCGUUGUUUAUGUGACUUUAUUUGCCGACGUUUCUGCGAUGCUCGCACUUUUCUUCGUUCGUGUUUAGAGUAGAGACUUGUGUGGUGUGAAAGAGAGACUUUAGUGUUAUUAUUUAAGUCUGUUUUAGUAUAUUAUUGCGUGGUUACAGCUGCUGUCGCCGCCGACUUCCAGCCUUGCAUUUCCAGUCAUGUCAACGAAAGCCAAACAAGAGUGGGAUCGUGCCAGUGAUGGGACGAAUGGUGAAAGUCCUGAUAUGUCUAGUCAGCAGCACGAGGAUGGUGGAGAGGGAAGCAGUGUUGGUGGAGGUCGGGAUUCCUCCUCUCCCUCUUCAAAGCCAGAAGAGGGAGAUGCCACGACGUCCACCACAGCCUCAAGUGUUGGAGGCUCCCAGGGGGGGACUGCACCGCCUUCCAAAGCCUCUUCGCCACAAAACCUGCCUCAGUGGCAGUAUUCCAGGGAUGAACUUCUUGAACUUAAAGUGGCCCCAUUGUCAAUGGCAUGGCCAUCUUGCUUGGAUCCUGCCUAUAAUAAAUCUCCUGGAAGAUGGGAUCCAGAAAGAUGGAUUCGGGCAGUGCAUGACGCGGCUCGUCCGUCCAGCACAGCUUCCACUGGCUCUGCAGCUACUAAUAAUAGACCCGAUCGCCCGCCUGAUCUCGAGCUGAAACGUAGCCGCGACCCUCGAGAGAGAGUGAAGCAAGAGGAGCAAGAUGGAGUAGUGUUGUCUCCUCAACGUCGAAGCUUCAGUACAGGGUGUCAUGGCCUGCAGCAAGGCUCUUCAACCAGCAAUCGUCCAGACUCUCCUGCAGAACGCACACAUCCACAACGGGAGUCACACAGGGAGAUUCCAGCUCGUAGGAUAGGCUCAGGGCGAAUUUCUCGUCGAGAUGACCUGGAAGCUCCUGUUGGGGGUGAUCGCAGGGAUUUGGGUAGGAGAGACCGAGACUUGGAUCGAGAACGGGACAGGGACAGGGAAAGGGACAGGGAUAUUGAUCAGCGUCGUGAUACCAGGGAUUGGAGAUCGAAGCCUGAUCAGCGAUUUGAUAGAGAUGACAGGUACGACAACAGGCGCCGUUUCUUUGAAGAUGAUGAAACUGAUAAACGUCCUGAUCGUCGUGAUAGAGACCGAGACAGGGAUCGCCGCAAUCAGGAUCGCCGUAGAAUGUCUCGUAAUGAUGAAGAAGAACAGCCAGAAUGGUUCACUGGAGGGCCCACUAGCCAAAAUGAAUUCAUUGAGCUGGUUGGCUUUGAUGAUAUACCAGAGGAAGGAAAUCAGUGCAACAAACCUCAAAGCAAACGUGAGCGCCGACGUUCGAAAAAGGACAAAGAAGGAGGAGGAAGCCGAAAGGGAUCACGUAGCAACACUCCUGUCAUUGUUGAGGAAGGAAUGAACAACAAAUCUUCAAAACAAAUGGAUCAUCAAGACGAACAUUCUAAAGAUGCACAUCAUCAAAGAAUGCAGCCAACUGUUGUUGAGCCAGCAGGUGAAGAGGAUGCACCUAGUUUCAACAUCGAUGAUUUCCUCGGAGACAUUAUAGGAUUUCCUGCUGGUCAUGAUGACAUUAUGGCUAGUAACAAUGCUAGUGCAGGAGGUGGAGGUUCGUCAAGACUGAAGCAAUUCUUCUCGAAGAGAGAUUCUCCUAUCUUGGGUUCUACCUCGAAUUCCCGGCGUUCCUCAAUUGAUAUUCCUCCCCAUCUAAAUAAUCUUCUAAGUGAAAUCACGGGUAGCGAACCAAACAUUGUGAUCCCCUCGCCCACGGCAGGCCUCGACUCGAACCGCUUCUUUGCGCCGAUAUCUCCGGCUGACAAGACUGGUGGCAACUCCAUAGUGGACCUCCUGCAGCAAGCUAGUGGGGUAAUGGGUGGACCAGAAUCAAUGGGGCCACCUCUACCUGUAGUUCCUCCAGGCUUACAAGGGCCACAGCAGCCACCGUCAAUUAAGGAUCUCAUGAUGGAUGGGAAAGGACAGAGCUUGGAAGAAGUUGAAGCUGGAAUAAGGAAUAUGCGUCAACCUCUAAAUCAUCCCAGUCAGAUGGGACGUAACCAUCACAAUGCAAAUCAGAUGACUGCAUUCAAUGACUUCCUCUCACAGGUCACUACAACUCAGGGUUCCAGAAGAGCAGAGCACAAGAAUUACUCCAAGGAAAAUGUGUUGAUGAAGUUAUUGAAUGGAGGAAUGAAAGAAGGGGGAGACAAGCCAUCCUCCAUGUCACUACAGCCAGCUCUACCUAAUGCCCCUACUGAAAAUGAUCUCAUUGCUAUGUUUAUGAAGGGUAAUGCUGGUAGUCCUGGGCAGCAACAGAGUCAGCCACCGCCACAUCAGCAACCAAGGAAUAUGCCUCCCCUCUCUGUACCUAAUCUGAGUGUGCCACCUCCAAGCAUGGUACCACAUACCCAGCCACCACCUAGCAUGCAACAGAUGCCUGGGCAGGGACCACCAACUCAAGAUGUUAUCUUGAAAUUGUUCCAAGCCCAACAGCAGCAACAGCAACAGCAGCAGCAACAACAGAAGAGACAGCAGCUCCUGCAACAGACCCUUCAGCAGCAACAGCAGCAGCAACAACAGCAACAGCAGCAGCAGCAACAGCAACAGCAGCAACAACUUGACCCAAUCAAACAGCUCAUGGGUGGUCUUGGCCGUAUGAGUGUUAGCCCCUCACCUCAGCCUCAGGACCAGGUUCUGCGUGAUGCUCUACUGCGGCCAGAUGUGCAGAGUCUGUUGCAGAAGGUAGCUAAUGGGCAGGUAACAGCUGGUCAACUGCUUAAUCAGUUGUCAAGUGGAACGGUAACACCUACCCAGCGAGAUGCCAUUUUUACUGUCUUGAAAUUUCUUAAAGGACAGCAGACCCAACCCAUCAUGCCCCACCGUGCCACUCUCACUCCCUCUCCAACUCCUCAGGCAGUGGUAAGUGGGGGCUUAUCUCUAAGUGGCAAUACAUCAUUGUCACCACGAGUAGCCUCCCCCAACCCUGAUGCUUCCAACAUGCUCAAUCCUCACAUGCUGCAACAGUCUCGCCUUUCCCCACUUAUGUUUACUGGAGGAUCCCUUGGGAAUAACCUCAGUGUCAGCAAUGUUGGAGGUGCCCCUCGCAGACCUCCAUCACAUCAGGAACUUGUUGUAUAUACACAGAGUAUCAUGCAAAAAGCACUUCUGAAACAAGAAUUGGAGAAAGCUAAGGAGAAACAUCGCAAGCGUGAAGCUGAGAGGGCACGAUCUCCCAACCCAGUAGGAGCCAGUGGAGUUGGAUCAAUGUCUGCUGCUUCUAAGGAUGGUUCACCUAUUAAAUCUGGUGCUAAGUCACAGUCACCACUAGCAUUCACUCCAACCUCUGUCAUGAGGAAGAUGACAGCUGACCGUGACCGUCAUGAUCGAUCUGACAAACCUGAAAGUCCUAAUAUUGUUGGAGAUCUCCUGAAAGACUCGGAAAAGAACCGUGACCAGAUGGAGAAACGUAAUGCAGCUAUGCAACUUCAGAAUCCUCUGCAACAGCAACAAGUUUUAGGUCGAGGGAAGGUUGACAAUAAACGUGAUAUGCGUCGUGGUGCCUCUCCACUGCCUCCUGGUGGUCCCAUGAUGAGUGGAAAAGGGCCCAUGAUGAUGGGAGGUGGUGGCCCAGGCAUGAUGAACAUGACACCACAUAACAUGGGUCCUCCUAGCCAGCGACAUCCUUCUUCAUCCUUGCAACCGCCAAACUUAGGUCUCUCUCGGGGAAAUCAGCAAAACCUUAACAAUAUAAGAGCUCUGCAAGCAGCACAGGCACAGGCAGUAUUGACACAGCAGCUGAUGAGAGGCCAGGCUCCCCCUGCAGGUAACCUGGGACCCCCCCACCACAGACUGACCAACGCCAACCCCCCUGGUCCCCUCCACCAGCUCCUGCUCAAUAACAACACCCCUGCCACCUCCUUGCACCACCACAAACCAGAUGGUGGACUGCAUGUCCCAUUGAUGUCUAUGGGUGGCACUUCACACCGAAGCUCUCCUGUUAAUAACUUAUUACAGUUCUUUAAUCGAGAUAUCAUGGCACAGGUACAGGCUGGAGGUUUGCCUGAACUCCCAGGUGGCAAGGUGUUGAGCCUGGAGGAGGUUGAGAGGCUCCAGCAGACUCAGGCCGUCCCAAAUUGAGACUGCUCUAGUACUGUCUUAGUAAAAAAUACACAGUACCUUGCCACUCGAUCAAAACUUAUUCCGAGUCAUUAUCUUCCACCACAAACCAUAAAUAUUGGCUGCUGUUCUUCCUGACAAGCAUUGAAACAUUGACAAGAGUAACAAGUGUUUUGUGUUGAUAAAUUUAACCAGGAAAAUCUGCUUUAUUUUUUAAGGAUUGCAUUUGUGGAUUGGGGAAUAAAGGCACCUGUUUUCCUUUAAAAAAUAUGCUGAUUUAAGAAGUGUUAAUCUUAUGAAACUGGUAUUUAUUUUCAAAGCAGGUGUGCCUGUAUAUACAAAGCAUAUAUAUGAAUAUAUAUACAUUAUGAAUUUAAAGCAACCAUUGCGUUAUGUUUAUAAUGAACUGCUGUCCCCGUACCUGCCCUGCUAUAGGUCAGAAAAAUGCUGUUCUCGCCAUUUUAAUUAGUGUACUGAGAGUGGUGUCCGAUCAUUGUAUGGUUGGCAUAGAAAGAGAAUCUGUAUUCGUCAUAGUGCGGUAUUUCAGUCUGUACCUCAAUAAUAAAAGUUGCUUCAAGACGCUAAAGUGCUGAAGCUGUUACUUUCUGUAGUGUUGUGAUCUGUAAGAAAACACGUUUAUUGUACAAAAAGAGAUGAGGACAAAAAGUCCAAAAGACAUUUAUUAUUAAGGACAAGAGGUAUAAUUAGUGUUAUCAGUGUUGACGCCAUGUGACUGAAGUGUAGCGUGAGAUGACUAAUGACAGUGAAAUUAUUUGAGCGUCCCAUUCCUCUCCUCUCCUGUCUGCACCCCACAAUUGGUGACCAGAAACACAGAUGAGUGACGUCUGUGCCGUUUCAAGAUACCACUAUUUUAUUUUUCACUUAGCAGUUACAUGUAAGUCAUACAAUGAGGUGUUUAUUAUUUUUUUACAAAACCAAAUGUUAAGUGUGAUAUUUAUGUGCUUGUCACAUACAUUUAUGUUUAAGAGUAAGACUGAAGGACGUAAUAAUAAAGUAUUUUUGUAAAGACUGUAGUUCCUAAGGGAUGCAUUAAUUAAAGAAGUAAUGGUGGGGUGAAUCAUACUAUGAAUGUAGGCUGAAGAAUGUGGAAUAAUGGUGCUUAUGUUGGGACGUUUGUGUAAGGUUGAAUUGUAUGAGUAUGUGUGUUUAUUAUGUGGGAAUAUAUAUGUAUAUAUGGAACUUGGGAAUGAGUGGGAUAAUUGAUGAGUUUAUGUAUGAAUGAAUGAAUGUAUGAAUGUAUUUGUUGGAAGUUGAAAUAUUCUCUGUCACAUUAAGGGACGCUGAUGCAGAAAUAGGUGAUUAAAAAAAAAAAAGUCCUGCUUGCUAGAUUUGUAAGUAUAAACCACUGUACAAAGUUGUGUUGUGUAGAAGAGAGAUAUUUGUUCAUGUGUUAUUGUGUAUGUGUUUCAUUUUCUCUAGCUCAUAAAAGCUCAAAUACUGUAGAUGCAUUGGGAUCAUGGAGUUUAUUACACAAGUUUUAGCUCCUUGCAGCCUCUCCUCCUGAGGCUCAAAACUUGGGUUUAAACUCCCUGACCGCUUUGAACUUGCUGUGUAGUGUGAAAUGUUGAGAUCAGCGAUAUUGGUCCUUGGGUUCUCUCAGAACAUGGUUAUCAUUUUUGAUCAAAAGAAAGGAGUUUAGUUUAAUGUGUCUCCCAAGGGUCUUCACUGAUAAUUUGUCACAAGUGUGUGUGAGAGUAUGAGUAUUGUGAUUUAAUUGUUAGUGUGAUGGAUGCAUGGCAUCUAUGUGUAUAGAAUUUUUUUCUUUUGUCAGUGCGAUUUGUAUUCAAUUUUGAUGUAUUAUUGAUUGUAAAAGAGUAUGUUCUACAUGCUUAUGAUAUUGGCACAUGCAUUUAGUGCCCCUUAUAGAAUUUGUGCUGCUAAGCAGCACUUUCUCAAAUUAAUGCCAUGACCUGUGUUGACUGCUGUUUGCUGGAACUUCCCAGUUCAUUGUUGUGUCUCAUAGUCUAUAUUGUCCCAUAUGUGGCAACCUAAAACAUUCCUUAACACAAGUCUGUCAACAGUGUAUCUGUACCUCCCCAAUCUGGGUAGGAGUUAUAUAAGGGAAAUCCAGAAGGAAGUGGUUGGUAUAGUUACUUUUAAAUGGGACUAUUAACUUUGAGCUCUUAUUUAAGAUCAGUUAAGAGGCUUUCCUUUUGGAAUACAGCCUAACAGACAAAACCUCUAAUUACAGAACUCAUUUCUAGGCAGACAAAAUGGGGAAAAUGUGUUAACUAUGGAGGAAGCUUAGCACAUCCCGUCUGAUGAAAAUGAUGUUCUUGGGAGUUAAGGAAAAUCUCUGGUGACAGAGUUGUACCCCUGGCCUGGAGUGCUUGGCUGUUUUCAAACACUUACAGUACAGAAUAUCCCAGUUUGGAAGAAGAUUAAAGAAUGUUUAAUGAAAAUAGAAAAUUUGUAAGUUUGGUUUAGUAAUUUGAUUUUAAUUUCUUCACACACAAUGAAUUUCCCCCAUGGUGGAUUACAGUAUUAUAGGAAAGAGGAAAUCUAAUGCUGUUGUUCACCUGUGAACAUAAUCUAUUUGUAUUUCAAGUUUGAAAUAUCAGUAAAUUAACUGGAUUAACUUAAAUUAGAAUAAUAAGACCCUUAUACAUGAAUAUAUAAAACCAGCAAAGAACUUCAGGCCAGAUUGCAACAGAGGCAACAGACUUGAGGAGGCUUAAUAACAUAAACUGGAAACUUGCCUCCUAAAUACUGACCGCGUCACCCACUGAAGGAGACCUAGAAUGCCCUACUUAAAGUAAAAAGUGAUCUCUGUUAUCUAUAUGAAAAUCAGUUUUAGUGCUCCUUCGGUGUUCGUUUUUUAAAAGAAAUAAAUAAAAAAUACAAAUGAAGUAGAUCAUUGCAAAGGAGAAUAUUCACUGCUCAUAAGUGAAGAAAUGACGUGGAAUCUCAUAAAAUGUGCAUGUAUACAUCAGACCGGAGGUGCGCCAUUUUUGGGUACAACUUUGAGAGGAGAAACCACCACAAGUGAAGUAGUGACUUAUCAAGUGCACUGUCCAUACAGCUUACAGAAGUGAAGGAUAUUGAAAGCUGUACAAAAGUACAUUAAAUAGAAUCUUGAGUGAAAGCAAUUUUUGCAGUGUUAAAAUCAUCACACAUUGCUUUUCACUGAAUAAUUACAACAACUUGCCUCUGUCACCAACAUCGCACCUUCGGUCAACCCUAACGUAUCGUCAGCGCUACGUUAGCUAUUGAAUCGUUAUUUUGGUUUAGUUUAUGCGUACCUUUCGACUAGAAAAGGAUCAAGAAAUAAUAAUUUCAGUAUUUCUUCUUUAUUUAGAAAUGCUAAAAAAAAUAAAAUUCCAUCAGCAAAGCGA